UUUGGCUCGGCGGCGCUCUGCGCCUGCGCUCAGCCUCUGGCAUGCUGGCUCCUUCCAAGCAGCUGUUUUGGGUUUGAAAUUCCAACAUGGCAGAGGCUGCAGUCCGUCUUCCCUUCAAAAACUUGGAAUGAUUUCAAAUCCUAGGCACCUUCACUUAACCCUGGCUUCCAUUCAUCAGCAAACACAUCAGAUCGAUGCUACGCUAACCUAUCGGCUGCUCGCUCCGCACGUUCAGGCUUGAAGAUGCAGUGGACGCCGGAGCAUGCCCAGUGGCCAGAACAGCACUUUGACAUCACCUCAACCACUCGGUCUCCUGCCCACAAAGUUGAAGCCUACAGAGGUCAUUUGCAGCGCACCUACCAGUACGCCUGGGCGAAUGAUGACAUAUCUGCUCUGACUGCAUCCAACCUUCUAAAAAAAUAUGCAGAGAAGUAUUCUGGCAUUUUGGAAGGUCCUGUGGACCGGCCGGUACUCAGCAAUUACUCAGAUGCGUCGUCGGGACUAGUGAACGGUCGGAAAAAUGAUAGCGAGCCCUGGCAGCCCUCCUUGAAUUCGGAAGCUGUUUAUCCCAUGAACUGUGUUCCGGACGUCAUCGCCGCCAGCAAAGCUGGAGUCAGUUCAGCCCUCCCUCCGGCAGAUGUCUCAGCGAGCAUAGGGAGCUCCCCUGGGGUGGCCAGCAACCUGACAGAACCGAGUUACUCCAGUAGUACCUGUGGAAGCCACACUGUACCUAGUCUUCAUGCAGGGCUCCCAUCUCAGGAAUAUGCUCCAGGAUAUAACGGAUCGUAUUUGCAUUCUACCUACGGUAGCCAGCCCGCACCUGCACUUCCGUCGCCCCAUCCAUCCCCUCUGCAUAGCUCGGGGCUCCUGCAGCCCCCACCUCCUCCUCCUCCGCCACCUGCCCUGGUCCCAGGCUACAAUGGGACUUCGAAUCUCUCCAGUUACAGCUAUCCCUCCGCUAGCUACCCGCCUCAGACUGCUGUGGGGUCUGGGUACAGCCCCGGCGGAGCACCCCCUCCUCCUUCAGCAUACCUACCUUCAGGAAUUCCUGCUCCCACCCCUCUGCCUCCCACCACCGUUCCUGGCUACACAUACCAGGGUCAUGGUUUGACACCCAUAGCACCCUCAGCUCUGACAAAUAGUUCGGCAAGUUCUCUCAAAAGGAAAGCUUUCUAUAUGGCAGGGCAAGGAGAUAUGGACUCCAGUUACGGAAAUUACAGCUAUGGCCAACAGAGAUCUACACAGAGUCCUAUGUACCGGAUGCCCGACAAUAGCAUUUCAAACACAAAUCGAGGGAAUGGCUUUGACAGAAGUGCUGAAACAUCAUCCUUAGCAUUUAAGCCAACGAAGCAGCUGAUGUCCUCCGAACAGCAAAGGAAAUUCAGCAGCCAGUCCAGUAGGGCUCUGACCCCUCCUUCCUACAGUACUGCUAAAAAUUCAUUGGGAUCAAGAUCCAGCGAAUCCUUUGGGAAGUACACGUCGCCGGUCAUGAGUGAGCACGGGGACGAGCACAGGCAGCUCCUCACUCACCCGAUGCAAGGCCCAGGACUCCGUGCAGCUACCUCAUCCAACCACUCUGUGGACGAGCAACUGAAGAACACUGACACACACCUCAUUGACCUGGUCACCAAUGAGAUUAUCACCCAAGGACCUCCCGUGGACUGGAGUGACAUAGCUGGUCUCGACCUGGUGAAGGCUGUCAUUAAGGAGGAGGUUUUGUGGCCUGUGUUGAGGUCAGAUGCAUUCAGUGGGCUGACGGCCUUACCUCGGAGCAUCCUUUUAUUUGGACCUCGGGGAACAGGCAAAACAUUAUUGGGCAGAUGCAUAGCCAGUCAGCUGGGGGCCACAUUUUUCAAAAUUGCCGGUUCUGGACUAGUCGCCAAGUGGUUAGGAGAAGCAGAGAAAAUUAUCCAUGCCUCUUUUCUUGUGGCCAGGUGUCGCCAGCCCUCCGUGAUUUUCGUUAGUGACAUUGACAUGCUUCUGUCUUCUCAAGUGAGUGAGGAACACAACCCAGUCAGUCGGAUGAGAACCGAGUUUCUGAUGCAGCUGGACACUGUACUAACUUCGGCUGAGGACCAAAUCGUAGUGAUUUGUGCCACCAGUAAACCAGAAGAAAUAGAUGAAUCUCUCCGGAGGUACUUCAUGAAACGACUUUUAAUACCACUUCCUGACAGCACAGCGAGGCACCAGAUAAUAGUACAACUGCUCUCACAGCACAAUUACUGUCUUAGUGACAAGGAGUUUGCACUGCUCGUCCAGCGCACAGAAGGCUUUUCUGGACUAGACGUGGCUCAUUUGUGUCAGGAAGCAGCGGUGGGCCCCCUCCAUGCUAUGCCCGCCACAGACCUUUCAGCCAUUAUGCCCAGCCAGUUGAGACCCAUUACAUAUCAAGACUUUGAAAAUGCUUUCUGCAAGAUUCAGCCUAGCAUAUCUCAAAAAGAGCUUGAUAUGUAUGUUGAAUGGAACAAAAUGUUUGGUUGCAGUCAGUGAUAACGUCUUUAACAAAAUGUAAUGAAUGUUGGCACACACACACAUACAACCUGCUACAUAGGGACUAGAACCCCUUUCCAGUAGUGUUUAAAUUGCAAUGGGUACUGGGGAAGACAACGGUUAAGUUGCAUCUUUAGAGUCAGGGUAGAUUUGGAGGAAAUGCGCAUCAGAUGAGAGCCUCUAAUUUGAAAGCCCCAGGUGACAGAAAGCAUACAUACAUGGAUGCUCAGUUCGGUUCAAGCUAGACAACACUCACCGAGGAGCAAGGUGCAAGUGUGUUGAUUCUGGAAGGACAUGAACCUCGUGUGUUGAUUCCAUUCUGCUGUUCUUGAGAUUUAGUUGCUGUCAAGUGCCUGGAGUGGUGCUUUAUUUUUUUGUUUGCCUCACAAUUACAUUGGUGGCAUGUGCUAAUAUAAAGAGCUUUAACUUCAAACAUUAUUGGACUAAAGAGAUGAACGGUUGUGUUACGACAGAAAACCAGAUUUUUGCCAUUUUAAGAGCAACAGUAUUCCUCAAUCCUGUCUGUUCUGCAGUGUUAAGCUAAGAACAGGUAAAACAGGGUAACGGUAAUCUGGACCUUAAUUUCUGCAGUUCAUUUCUUUUAAUGUUCUUGUCUGAAAAAACUCAGGAAAGUGAUUGUGAUUUGUACAGUACCUCAAAGGAAUGUGUUGGAAGCACUAUGUACUGCUGAGAGUAAUCGGAUAGGCUUCAAUGUUACUUUAUAUUAAAAUGUAUGUUUACCUCAACAAUUGGAAAAUGGCAAGGAAAAAUACUUUGAAUGUAUCCAGAAAAAUACUGAAGUGUGAUACAACUGAAUAUUUACAAUUUAAAGGAGAAGUGGAAGGAUUUUUUUAUGUUCUUUUACUAAUUAUGGGGAAUUAACCAGAGCAGAACAGUAACUGCAAAAGUUCUAUACAUUGCUCCUUGAUAACUAAGUGAAAAUGUUCUUAAAAGGUACACUGGUUAAUUGAACGCUACGUAUUCAGUUUGUGUUAGUGUCUAGAACAGUCAGCUGCAAACCUGUUUAGGACCCUGAAAGUCACAGUACCUAAAAACGACCGCCUUUUACUGCUUAGGGAGUAGUGGUGGUGGUGAUGGUAGUUUGCAAGUUCUCCCUUAAACUGCUGGGAAUGGUGUCAUUCUAUUCACUAAUAUAGUUUCUAGGCUUGCUGUGCUGUUUAAUAGAAUGCAGCGGAUAGAACCAAAACAAAGAAACUCACAACUAAAUAUAAACAAAAAGCGACCACCUGCUACAUAAAUCCACAGAGAACCUCUGCUUUCCCACCCCAUUCUGGCGUCACUCUGAUCAGUGCAAUUUUGCUUCUCAUUUUGAAAUCUGGGCUGUAGUAAUCUCACGUUCAUUUCUACCUCAGUUUCAUUCUAUUUCUUUUGGAAAGUAAGUGGAAAACUAGAAGCUGGACAUGCAUCCCGCAAUGUGGCUUGCCAAACGUGAGGUUUUUGUUGUGUUCUGUUUUCUUCCAUGUCUUGUCAUAAUCUAGUUUCCCAAAUCAGUCUUUAUGCGUUCUUUCACCCCAGUCUACGCCCCAUAGCAUAUGCGAUUUUCUUACUUCCCUGUCUUCUCCUGCUUCCCACCAAGUUGUUCUUCGUAUCCUUUAAUGCAUCAUGAGCAACUUUUAUUGAAGGCUGUUCACCGAGGCCUCUCGACAGUCUGUGCAGGCCAGAGCUUCCUAGAGCCACUGCCCGUGCGUAAGCAGAGCAGAACAGCCUAGCAUUUUGAAUGUAUUUUCCUGGGUUUUGUCCUUCCUUUUUUUACAUUUAGAGAUGCAGUAACUCUUGCAGAGCACUGGCAUUUUAUGUAUUCAACAAGUGAUGUACAUUUUUAAAGAAAUCUUAAAUAAAUGCAAUGAGAAGCCCCAAGAAAGGUCUUUCUGUUAUUUUUUUCCUUCAGAAUUUUUGCUGAGAUCAUCCGCAAUGUCAUAUUCAUUCUCUGAAAUAAUCACCUAGAGAAGAGGAAUGAGGGACUUCAUGGUACUUCAAAAUUUUAUGGUGUUUCAUUAGUAAUUCCCUUUUUGAUUUUUCAUGUUGCUAAAAAAUGAGCAAAUGGACAAGAAUUUAAUGUACUAUGGUAGUCUAUCAACCAACACUGUUCUUAAACAUAAAUAUUCCAUAUUUUAAUAGCAGUGCCUUUCAUUAAGGAUACAAAAAAAUACCACUUAAGCAAGCCCCCUGCUUUUCUUAGGGGGCUAAAUACUACAGUCAUGUUCUGAGUCUACCCUGUGCACUGCACAUGGUAAGCAGAUUCUAGUGUAUACAUUAACUUGUAAAUCUGUACUGAUCUCACCCACAAGUUUGCUUUAUUGCACAGUGCUGACCUAUUUUCUCUCUUUUAGACAUCUCAUCUCAUUUCCGCCAACAUGCUGUAUUCAUGUAAAAGCAUCUGGCAAGUUUUGACAAACCCAGUCUUCUUUAGACAACUUUGGAAAAGCCAAUGUUGACCCACAUUUUUUGUGGUGUGAAACUUAAUGCCAAAUAUAUGACUAUAUGAUUGUGUUUCACACUCACAAAACAGAAUAAACUGAAGUCAUACAUGUUGGCUUUUAGCUUAAAUGACUUUAAAUUAAUUUGAGAGCUGAGUGGUCAAAAAUCCAUGUAUUUAAGCAGAAGCUGAAAUUAUGUGUGAUUUUCAUUUAGCCUGGUCUGGUGUAGGGAUUAUCUGUUAGCAAACUGGGCAGGUUGGAGCAAUGAAGGUCUGCUGAAAGAACGAAGAUUGACCUUUGAGUAGAUCACACUCUCCUGUGCAUCUGUAAUUCCACAUGACAGCAUUAUAAGAGCUGCUAUAGACUGUCCUAAUCAGGAGCUCUUUUCUGAUCAUCCAUUUGAGAGCAAAGGGUAGAAUGAGUCCCAGAUCUCUGGCAAUGAAUGUAUACAGUCUGUGACACUACAACUGAGUAAUUGGGCCUCAUACUCUUGGUCUCUCUGUGACUGGUUAGAAUUUGGAGAAGGCUCCUCAUAAAGGUAAGGUAAUGAACCAGUCCAAUUCCCUUGCUGUCUGGCCAGGAGAUUCAGGCAGCCUACUUUACAGCCCUUAAUUCCCUUCUUCACAACUGUAAUAACAUUUCCAACAGGGACAAAAAGGAAGCGAGAGAACCUACUUCAGUAGAAGGAUCAAUAGAGAUUCAAGAGGUAGUUCAUAAUGACUUUGUAUGGGACACAAGUGGAAACACUCUACACUUCUGGCAUGCUUCUCUCCAAAAUAUUGAGAACAUUAGUAAGAAUAUAGAGAACUUUGCUGACUGAGCUGAUCAAUGGGAUGUGAAGGCAGUAUACUUUAAGGCUAUUUACUUUCACACGGAAUGUUUAUCUAUUAGUCAGUUUGUAUUCUACUCAAAUGCAGAUAGACGGGUAUAAUGUUUUCUUGUGCAUUUGAAACCUAUCAAGGAGAAAAUAAACCAUUCUACUAAAAUACAUUGGCCAAACACCAUCUGGGCAAGUGAUAAAAGCUAUCCAGAGGCUAUACUAUGUAAAAGAGCAAGGUCAAUUUACAUGGACUGCAUAGUACUUGGCUAUGCAGUUUCGAAAAGAAAACAUCCAAAAAAUCCAAAUUAAUUCUUACAAUAGGUCAUUGUAAAUUUAAAUAUAUUUCUGGGUUGGAAAGUACAUUUUAGAGGCAUUUAGAAUCACUUUCUCUAGAAAUAUAUCCAACUUCAAGCAGACAGAUAUUUCUAUAAUCCACUCUUGUGUUUUUUUGAGAAACAUGAUCUUUGAAUCUGUAUUGCAUAAUGAAAGGGACACAAUUUAUUGAACUAUUGAGGCCACUGAAAUAAAGUUCUAAUAUAUAUAAAUAUAAAUAUAAUUGGUAUAUGUGUGUGCGUGUGUACGUGUGUGUGCUUUUCUACCACCACCUAUUUGAACUUUAAAACAAACCCAUUUUUACAUUAAGCAGAAGCAACUGGUUUCUUCCUUUCGUCCUAUGUGCCAAGAUACACAGGACUACUUCAUGGUUCUGUUUUUAAUAUGAUUUUUUUCUUAAGAAAAGUAAAGCCUUCAGUUGUGAAAUCAUAUGCUGAUUUUUCUAUGAAGCACAUUAGCAAACACAGAGCUAUUAGUAUUUCGGAAUUCACUACCAGCUGUACUUGUGACUAACCAACACAUGAACUCACAGUCUGCUAAGACCUUUGGUUGACAUUCGAUUUUGAACCUGCCAGAUGCAUUUGUGUGAACCAGGAAUACUGCAUCUUUAAUGAACAAGUCUCUCCUCUUUCCCCUGUUUUUAAAUACAACACAAGCAGUAUAGCACUAGGCACUGCAAUUGUCAAAGACAAUUAGACUGAAAGCAGGGAAAUUUCACCUCCCUGUCUCAGUGAUAUGUGGAAUGUCGGCAGCAUGGGUCAGCCUUGCCACAGAGUUGUGUGAGAACAUAUGAAUCAGUCCUAUAGAAUGUUAAAUAUUUAUAGAAUGGUUUUGUAGUACACCAAGCUUGGGAGCACAUUCAUUCCUUCUUUUUGUCUUAUGAUACAAAGAAAAGCAGAAGUUUAUUUCAAGGCUUAUUCUCUCUCCCUCUCCCCUCCCUCUUCCUUUCCCUCUCCUCCCUCUCCCUGUCCUCCUCCCUCUCCCUCUCCCUCUGUCCCUUCCCUUCCUUCCUCUCUACCUCCUUUUCUUUCCUGUGUGGGUCUAUGUAUGGAUGAGUUUCCCUUGUGGAUUAUAUACAGUUGCUAGAGAAUAUUCAUUUCUUUGUUUUUCUUUUUUCAUCUGACUAUAUUCAGACAUUGUUCUUUAUAACCAUUUCUACCUCAUUGCUACAUAUUGUACAUGUAGUAUUUAUUUGUUGUCUUUUUUUGAAUGUCAUGCAUUUCUUAAGAAAAAGACUUGUCCUUGAACUUGAACAGUCUACCUCAGAAAGACUGUCUUUACACUGAACAGUAUUAGCAACCUAAUGAUAAGGCGCAUUAGUGAAGUGUGGCAGGGUAGAUAAUACACGAGUACUUGGGAUCCUGGUGGACUUUUAAUUGUACUCAUGACACUGACUGCUUAAAAAAACUUUAAAGAAAU